UUGGAGUUUACCACUCCCUUUUCAUUCACUCCAACAGAAAAUCAUCAGCUAGUUGUUACAAUGCAGGUGCAAAUAUCAAUAUGCAAAAUGAAACAGGCUGUACGCCUUUGUACUAUGCUACUUGUUAUGAUCAUUACCAUGUUCUGAAAUUAUUAUUAGAUCGAGGGGCGGAUGUCACCAUCACCGAUAACUCAAGAAACACAGUAUUACAUCUAUGUGUUAAACACCAUAACAUCAAGCUUAUAGAAUUAUUACAUAAAAAUGGAGCGUCUGUGAAUAGUAGAAAUGCAGAUGGAUAUGAUGUUUUAGAUUUAGUUUUUACGGGGUGGUUUUUUCGCUAUGAUAUCUUAAAAUUAUUAAUCAAACUUACUUUGUACUCAAAUAUCAACACUUCUAAACCCGAGCGUCGCAACAGUGUGGAUUUUUUGAAAUUCUGGGAUUCGUGCAAAUCAGAAUUAGAACUAAUGGAGAUGUGUAAAAUAGCCAAAAGCAGUCUAUCUUACCGACGAUUAAUGCUUGAAAGAAAUAAAAGUAAAUUAGCAGCUUACUGCUGCAAUGAGAACAUAGUUCGUGAAUUAGACACACUAGAUUAUAAGAACAAAUUUCCUAUAUACAAUCAGUACAUUAGUGAAAAAAUAAUCGAAGGAGAGAUUACACUACGCCUGUAUUACAAAGCUGAUAAAGUUAUGAAUCAUAUCAGUCCGUUUUUGCCAAUAGAAGUUCGGAGAAUAAUAUAUAAAUAUUUGUCUAAUGAUGACUUAGAAAAUUUAACUGGUUGGGACCAGCAUGUCUAAUUUAAAUAUUAUGUUUGUAUGGGAUUAAGCCACAAUUAUUGCUUGUAAUAAAAAUUACAUUUUUAAGUUACGAAUGUCCACUCUGGAAAUCAUUCUCAAAAAAUAUUACAGUGGAACCCCGAUAAGUCGGCCUCCGAUAACUCGAAAGUCCAGUUAACCCGGACAGAUUUUCAUCAGACAAAACAAACAUUUUUUUCAGUUUGACUGAUUUUUUUACCAAGAAAUUAACAACACUGUAUACAACUGCACGUAAUUUAGAUGUACUGUGCAUAUGUAUAUCAGGUUUUUAAAUUAUAAUGGAGUUUAUCUGUAAGUAUACUGUAUUUUAUUAAUUUUUACCGUAUUCUCUGGCUAAGCCCGAUUUUCGAUAACCCGGAUCAGCCGCGGUCCCGAUUAAUCCGACUUAUCGAGGAAAUUUAUAAGGUUAAAUCUUUUUAUAAGUCAUAUACAUUGCCUCGGUCUUAUAGUCAACAACAUGCAUAUGCAUAAUAAGAUCAAAUUCUAACUAUUUUGUAGUUUUUGUUGUUACAUAGAUUUCUACAUUGUGUGUUUCAUAUGGAUUGUGCAUAUUGUAAGUGCAAGGAAUAGUAACUCUCCGACUUGCUGCUUACUCCCGUAUUGCUGGUAUAUUCUUGUUAUUAACUUCUUUUUACUGUAUUAGCAACCAAAGCUUACCACAUUUUGCUGAUAAGUUUGCUACACAUUUUUCUUCGUUGAGUAAAAUAAUUCACUCCCUUUCCUGAAUGGGCUAAUCACAAAAGAAGACAUCGGAUAUGCAACCAAAGUCUACAGAAAACCAACCCACACCAACAGAUAUUUAUAAUACCACCCUAACCGCAACUCAAAUAUCAAAAAAGGAAUUAUCAAAUCAUUUUAUUAUGAUAGAGCCCCAAGCACCUGCUCUUUAAUGAAAAUGCAUUUCAGGAUUAAACAAAGGUUUUAACUAAAAAUGUCUACCUAUUGUCAUUUAUAAACAAGGAAUUCCACAAGAUUGAAGAAAGGAACCAACAAAAUACCACAUGCAAUCCAGAAACACUCAUAUAAGAAGGGAUGAGUCCAGGAUGACAAUACCAUAAUGUAAAGGACUUAUCAGAAAAAUUGAAAAUGAUAGGAAACAAGUACAACAUCACAACAACAUUCAAAACAACCAACACACUGAGAUCUAUUCUGUCCAAAACCAAACCCAACAACACACAACAAAGAUAAAAAACUGCAUUUAUAAAAUACCAUGUGAGUGCAACAAUUUCUAUGUGGGAGAAACUGUAAAACCACAUGUCAGGAUAAACAAGAGUAAACAUACGUCAAGAACAGAGACGUCGAGACAUUCCAGCUAUGCAAACAUGCUUGGGAGAACCAGCACAGAAUACAAUGGAAAUAUGCAUCAAUAAUAAUAAAAAACAGACAUGAAAGGGAAAAAAGUCAAAGAAGUAGCUCUCAUCUUUCUUAAGUAAGGAAAAGUGUAGUAAACCCAUCAGCACAAUGCAGCAGGCUUUGGUUGCCAAUACUAAAAGAAGAAGUCAAUAACAAUAAUAUACCAACAAUAGCGGACUAACAACAAUACAUAUACAACACACAAUAUACAAAUAGAAAUCUAUUUUACACACAACUAUCACAACUAUCACAACUACGAUACAGAUUAUACAAAACAGUCAAAAUUUGAUAUUUCCAGGGUAAACCAGCCUCAGAUUUUUUAACUGUGCGCAUGCUAGUGCCUAUAAGACCGAGGCUAAGGCUAAGUAUAUCAAUUUUCAAAAGACAUGACCUAAUAAUAAGGCUGGUUAUACGUUUUCGCAGAAUUUUUUAAAAUAAGCUUUUAUUGAGAACAAUUUCCGGUGUGGAAAUCGAGACUUCAAAUGUUAUUUAGUUGAAAAUGAAUUUUUCUUACAAUAAAUUAAUAAUUGUGGCUUAGUCUGAUAAAAACAUAAUAUUUAAAAGAAUAUCGUAUCGGAUAUAUUCUGGAAAGAACUGAUCUAGUUUUAGGUAUAAUAUGAUAGUGAUCAGCAAACCAAAUUCUUUACUUAAAGGUUUAAAAUUUAAUAUACGUUAGUUAUGUCGAAAAAAAUACAAAUACUGUUGAAUUACUAUUACUAUAUCAAGCUCAAAUGUUUUAUAAAAUGU